AUGAGCAACGUGAUGCUCGGCUCCGUGCGCCUGCGGCAGCUGCGCGUCUCGAAGAACACGGGCUGCCACGUGUCAAAGCUUGCGGCCCACGUGUUCCCUAAUUGCUACGCGUCGUACAGCGACUCUUACAGGAGCAACGUCACGUACGCCCCGCGCUUCGGGCCCACGUACCUGAAGUCCGCCUUCGCGUGGAAGGAUGCGAGCGAGACCAACCAGAUCUCCAUCCGGGGCUCUCUGAACACGUACGGCGCCGACGGCUUCGUGGCAGACCUGCCCUUCAACCGCUCGGACAGCGCCGUCAUGAUCCGCGACCUGUGGAACUCGAAUUGGGUGGACAGCGCCACGCGCGCGGUGGUGAUCGAGUUAUCGGUGCUGAACACGAAUGUGAACGUCAUCGUUAACAGCCGCAUCCUCUUCGAGUUCAGCCCCGCGGGUUCCGUCAUCGGCAAGUCUGAUGGUGGCAUUGACGACUUAGCAUUUUCCACACGAUUUAAUGCUGGCCAUGUGACUCCGCUAUCCUUGGCUUUGGCCUUCGGCCACAUGGACAUCGUGAACAUGUUGGGAUAUUGUGGUGGGGAAGCAGAGAGAGGUUACAGUUUUACGAGAGGCGUCGUGAUGUAUAUCAUAUCAAUGCCGAACACGUAUUGCACGGCCCACCUUGAUUUCUUGGUGGUGAUGUACACGAAGGACACCGCAGUGAAGGGUAUGGAGGCCUACCUGCCGAAGAAUCACAUUCACCUCCCUUCGGCGGCAGUCCGGCGUUUUCCUGAUUUUCGUUGGCACCGCAAGUCCAACGGACGGCUGAGACAGCGGCGUCUGGAGCUGUGGGAGGACAGGAGCGAUUCGCAUUGGGACGAACUGUUCGACUACGAUUGGAAUUGA